GGCUGAAGUCAACCGACAAGCGGACAAGUUGGCCAAAAACUUGACCAACUUGGAGAGGCGCUACUGCCACAGUGGGCGUGGCCAAAUCGUCUGUAACAACCUGCAGCCAGCUCGAAUCCAUCAAGCUGUCAUCUAUCUAAACUUCACUUCUAUGCCAUUCAAACAAAUGGCAAACUAUGUGGAAAUGGAUCCAAAUGAAUCACGCGUAUGGAAUGUGAAAUCAAUUAAAUGGAAAUCAGCUGCAAAAAAAUAGAAAAAGAAGGAGGAGUUGGUCAGUGAAAGAGAUCUAUGGAUGGAUUGAGAGAGAGCAGCGAUAAAAAAACCAGACAAUGACAAUUUCCCGGGAGGAAAAGACGAAGCAGAUGCGGACAAAGAAAAGUCCGUGAGCAGGUGCAUUGACUGUCAAGCUCUAAACGCAUUUUUCCAACCCUCCCCCCUCGAAAACCCCUUUGGGCCAGGCCAACUACGCUCGGCGUUAACUGGCUUUGGCUUUGGCGCUGGCUAAGCCAUUCCAUUCAGAGAACGAGGCGAGGCUAAGCGGAUGCAUUAGACGGUGUUGGAUGUUGGACAACGGCAAACGGAACAACGCCAAAAGAAAAAGAGGAGAAAAAAACAGGAAAAAGCUUUGCAGAAAAGUGAAAAUUCAGAGGGGAAAAGCGGGCCCAAACUAGUUGCGAAUAAAGAAAAAAUGCGAGGGACAGAACAUCUUCCAAUGACGCGAGGCAAAGACGUUUCUAACGGUUCAACAACAUCGAAGCUGCGACUUGAACCGCGAUAUAGGAAUGCGCCAUAGCUAUAGCUACAUACUUCUCCAUCCAUCUCUAUCGUUGUCACUCUGUUUCUUCACUUUUGCUUGAGCAUGUUCUCCGGUUGGUCUCUGCCAUCUAUAUCCCCUAUACCCGCCACAAAACCAGAUUCCCUAACAAUGGCCAUUAGCAAUCUGCAGACUGUUGCAGAUGUUGUACCAUCGGCAACAACUUUGUUGCUAUAUCUGCGCUGGUUGCCAUAGUCCUAUAGACAUAGUCAGUCCAUCCAAGCGUAUAGGCGACAAAAAGUUGCUGCCGAAGUCAUCGAAAUUGCAGACGUCUGAUGUUCAACGAUGUAGUCGCACCACGGGGCGUAUGACUGUGCUUAUUAGCAGGAAAGUAGAUAGGGACAGUAGGACAGAUAGUGACGGGUGUAUAGGGGUCUUUGGCAGUUUGGAGGAUAGUCCAAUUGAUAGGAACACUGCGGUAUACAAUACAAUGGAUUGGCAGAGUAAGUUACACAAAAUUAGGAAAGUAGAUAGGAACAGUAGGGUAAAUAAUAAAAUGAUAUAGAAAGAGGAGUAUAGUGGAGAAAAAAAAGAGUACUAUACUUAACUAAAUAUAACAUUUAGGGAAGGAUUGAAAAAGGGUUUGGCAAAAAGGGGUGGGGUUAUAAGAGUAACCAGCUUAAGUUAAGUAGAUAGGGACAGUAGGACCAGUAUAACAGAGGUACAUUGAGUACCUCUAUAAGAAACAUCUAUUCACUCGUUAAGAUGGAUAAGUGCAUUUUCGAGAUCUUGUUCGUUAAAAUAAAACUGAGACAGAAUUUUCGUUUGUGCGAAAGUAAGGUGAAAACUAGGUUGGUAGGUCAAGACGGUUGUUAAAAGAAAGAAGAGGCAAGAGGCGACUAGACUUUAAAGUCGUAAAACCAUAAAACCCAACUACUAUUUGUAGUAGGAAAUAUACUGACAUGGCCCACUGUACGACAUAUGAUGUAAUAUAUUCAUACGACACCCACUGUACUAUAGAAUAAGCGGGAAACCUAGUUUAAGUUAACUGUAAACGUGAUAUUGUCAUCCCUUUCUACCGAGUACUGCAGCAUAAGAGAUCGCAGAUAAGUAUACCUGUCUCGCUCACUCAGAUGAGCGAGAAUAAGGAAGAGGGAGAAUCGUUGCGGCACUCUGUGUUAUGCGUUCAAGGAAAGCGGUUGUGAAAUUAUAAAAUAAAGAAGUUAAACCGAAACUAUCGCCGGAGUACAUUUAUUUGCCUAUUACAAUAUCAGAAGUGGUUCUUACUCAAAAUGCCUGACAUCGAUCUAAACCAAUUCACGGUAGUUCAGUUAAAAAACUGGUUAAAUGUGCUCGGGCUGCAAACCUCGGGCUCGAAAGCAGAGUUGAUGGCGCGUCUGCAGGCCCUAUCAUCAGAGGCACGUGGUGAUCCACCAAAUGGAGCUCCAUUUAACAGCCAGCAGCCGCCAGAAACCGAAGUAGAGGGAGCCGCAUCAUUGCCGCUGCAACAACAUUUGGAAGGCGCACAGGAAGCUUUGUUCGACUCUGGUACGAUGACGUCACAGGCAGUGGACGGUAUACGCACGGAGAACGUUUCUCUGGUAGAUAUCGAAAGGGUGAAGCUGCAGAAAAUUCUCGACGAAAUCGACGCAAACAAGGCCAUAUUGCAACAGCUUCAAGCGGAGAUCGCUGACGUCACCAGGGACAAGCCAAAUCAUGCUCAGCAAGUCCAUGACGUCAUCGAAAGCAACAUCGAAACUUCUGGAAACCUUAACAGUUUCGCUUGCAUCGACGCUGUUAACGCUAACAGCGCCAGGGUUAACAGCGCCAGGGAUAGCUUCGAUAUCGAUAAUUUUAGUGUUGGAAAGCACGCCACAGACAGUGCUGAUCAAUGCCAGCUUACAAAUGUAAACAAAUUGUUAGAAUCUCCAGCAACAGCACUCGCACUGGCAAAGGACGUAACAAUGGACUACGACGGCAACUCGUGUGCCCGUAACUGGGUCACACAACUGCAAAACAUUGCGCAGGUGUACAAUUUGGACUCGUUCGUGGUGCGUAUGCUCCUCAUUGCCAAACUAAAAGGAAAGGCCCAAAUUUGGCUGCACGCAAACGCAACACGCAUUUUGGAGCCAACCGACCGCCUUUGUGAGCAGCUGAUCCUAGCAUUUGCAUCUAAGAUGUCAAAGGGGGAGCUAAGGAACGCGUUCCAAAGUCGACAGUGGCGUUCAGGAGAAAGGUUCGCUUCUUAUUUCGAGGAGAAAAUUAUGCUGGCCAACGAUAUAAACAUCGACAAGGAGGAGCUCAUCGAAAACAUCAUCGAAGGAAUUCCGGCACCAGGGCUACGCGACCAAGCUCGCAUACAAUGUUUCGCCGAACCUGGGCAGAUUUUGGAAGCCUUCUCAGGAAUCCGUUUACCUGAACGAAAGCAGGAAGUCAAUUCUUCGCAGCGCUCUUCCGGAAAGGUUGCAGACACAAAGGACUUCCGUUGCGCCAAUUGCAACUCAAAAGGCCACUACGCCAAGGACUGCCAGAAACCGAAACGAGAGCCCGGAUCGUGCUACGCAUGUGGCAAAUUUGGACACUUUGUGGGUCAGUGCCCUGAGCGUAAGAGCGCAAAUACAAACAAAUACCAUGCCUCAUAGACACUGGCAGCCCAAUAUCAUUCGCCAAAACAGGUGUUAUAUCCUCUAAAAUUAAGAUGGAGUUCGUUUCUGAAAACUACUUUGGGCUGAAUAAAAGCCAACUGAAAAUCUAUGGAAGAAUACUUUGUUACAUAAUUAAA